CUUCCUAAACCUCCUCCAGACUCCCAGAAGCCCAAAGCUAUGACACGUGUGCUCGUCCGUAAGACACGCCCACCUGAUGAUGUCUGCAGAAAUGUCAGGGUCACAGUAGCGAGGCCCCUCCCACAUGACGUUGCUCCGCCACAGACUCUUGAAUAUACAGGUCCCGGCGGGCCGCGGUUUGACGCACAGGGAAUGUUGCUGCCACACAGCAUUCUGGGAAACCUGGAGGAUUUUAGGGCAGAGAUGCAGCUGCGAGGAGAGACGGAGCUAAUUCAGCGCAUUCCUGACUGCGGGAAACAGCCUCCUCUAGUGGCGGACACUCACAAUGACAUCCAUCAACCUGAAGCUCAGUAUUACUCAGGAAAGGGGCAGAGCCACGCCCUCCAGCACUGGUUCCGUCACAUGACUGACAGGCGGCGACAGCAGGACUUCAUUGCACGGUUCCUGCACAAGCCGGCGGGCUCUUUAUUAAUGAACCGCUCCAGCAGAUUCAGAGGUGUUCAGGAGCAGAGGACUCUGAUUGAUCGAGGACUGGCUGCUGUUUACACUGAGCAUGGUCGACGUGUGGGCAGUGAGUUCUGGAGUGUCCCGCAGCAUUAUGGAGACGAGAUGAGUGGAAUAACAGCCACACUCACACAGACAGAGAGAGGAAACCCUGCUGAACUCACACGCAUCGCUCAGCCAAUCAGCACACGCCUGGAGACAGGUGAUGUUCAAGGUGACGCAGUGAACAGUGUUUGGCAGCAGAGUGUGUAUCUGCAGCAGCGGCGCAGAGAACUCAAGGGCAUGCUGAGAGACUUCAGUCCACCUGAUGUUGAUGGUCUGGAAGUGCUGGGCUGUGGUCUGCCUGUACCACCAUCACCUCUGCUGGAUGAGAGAGAGGAGGAGGAGGAAGAAGAGGAAGAGCAGAAUGAAAACCAAGACCCUCUGGCUCAGUUUGAUGACAUCAUCACGGUCGUGGACCUGCGUCCUGCUCUGAGUGUGUGUGGAGAAGCGCUGUGUUGGACCGGCAGCUCGUCCUCCCACCAGGGUCAGGAGGGCGUCUCAGUCAGACUGAUGUUUGAAACACUCACAGGCCAGAGUGUGAACGCAGAUCUGGAGCUGAAAAAUGAAGGAAGCACCGUCAUUUACUACAGCUGGGAGAAACUGACACCAACACACACACUCACGCAACACUUCUACUUCAACAACACUACAGCUGUGAUUUUACCCAGCAGCACCAAACACAUCUGUGUGACCUUCAAGAGCACGUCUGCAGGCAUCAUGACUGAGGUCUGGCGUCUGAACACACACCCUGUGCUGAUGGGCGGAGCUUCAGUGCAUGUGACCCUGAGGGGCGUGGCUUUAGACCAAGAUAAAAGUGCAGAGCAGAGGGCAGCACUGCAGAAGGAGCUGGAGCAGAAAGCCUGUGUGUGUUUUUGCAGACGGCUGAUCCUAGAUCUGCUGACAGGAGUUGAGUCUCCAGAAAGACCCCGAUCUCCUGAUGAGCUCUAUGUCACUGAUGAGGAGCGCUUUCACACGCACAACCCUGACCUGCAGUUCCAGCGCGGACCUGUGGAGGUGCUGCGGGGUCUAUAUGCAGAGGUCAAGAGGUCGGAGGAGCAGCGCUGGGAUCUGUCCAUACACACACUCAAACAGGUGUUGCUGUGUGUUCCUGAGUCGGAUGAGAGCAGAGAAACUAACCUGAGUCGGCUGAACUCACUGAUCCUGGAGCUGCAGAGACCAGCGACAAUACACACCACAGUUGUGACAUCACACACCAUCAGUCUUCAGUUAUGGAGGGAGCUGAUUGACAGUUUGGUCUGUGAGUCUGUCAGAUUGAGACACACACUUGGGCUUCAAGAGCACAACACCUGGAGCGACACAACACAAGAACAACACACCUUGGAGCAGAGUGAGCAGCAGAGAGCAGGAGUGUCCAGGAGACGAGCGAGUGUUCUGGAGCUGCAGGAGAACAACAGAGCAGCAGAGGAGCGAGGGAGCAUGAAGAAGCCCAUGCCGGAGGAGAGGAAGACAGAUAUGGUGGACACAGAAGAGACUCUACAGGACACAUACAGACUUCUGUUACACAAACAGGUGUACGUGCUGAUGAAGAGGAUGGUGGAUUCUCUGUGUGAUCUGCUCGAUGACGCUCACAACCCUCAGAAAACCCUUUAACACCUCCGUCUGUCUCUGUUUCUCCAGCGUACACGACGGAUGUGUCACUCAAUCUAACAAUGUAGAUGUCAGUAAACAUCGUUGUACAAUCCACAUCAGCUCUCUGUAUGUUUGGGAGUUGGACGUUCCUCAUUUCUGCAGUCACUGAAGUGGUUUUGUACACUGAGCUGUAUUGAGUCUCCAUUUUGUUUAAAGAACUUUGAGUUUUUCUUGCAAGCUAUCAAUGUCCAAAUGGCUGAAAGUUUAGCUGUGACUGAGUUGUAUAUCUAUAUAUUCAUUCAUUUUCCCUCAGCUUAGUCCCUUAUUUAUCAGGGGUCACCACAGCGGAAUGAACCGCCAACUAAUCCAGCAGAUGUUUUGCACAACAGAUGCCAGCACUGGGAAAUAUUCACCAAUUCACACACACACUCAUACACUACAGCCAAUUUAGUUCACCAAUUCCCCUAUAGCGCAUGUGUUUGGACAUGUGUUUGAAACCGGAGCACCCAUGCCAACAUGGGAAGAACAUGCAAACUCUACACAGAACCACAAACUGACCCAGCUGGGACUGGAACCAGCAACCUUCCUGCAGGCACAGGAUGUCAACAUGAUGUCCUAUUGACGUUGUACCCCAAUGUAUAUUAAAUUGGAUUUUGUUUGGAAAUAAAAAAAGGUUGACGUUAAAUUCCAACGUCCAACCUGAAAUCAACCUAAAAUCAACCAAUUAUCAACGUCUAAUCAUGUUAGACCUUGACGUUGUGUGGACAUCACCACUAUGACAUCUAUUAGACGUUGGAUUUUGGUCACAUUCCAACACAAUCUAAAAUCAACGUAAUUUGACGUUGUUUUUGGACGUCAAAAUAACGUCCUUAGAGGCUGGCUAGACAUUGAAUUUUAGUGACCUGACACCAUGACCUGAAUCUAACCUAAAAUUAACGUCUUAUGAUGUUGUGUGUCUGCUGGGCUUCUUGCUGUGAGGCGACAGUGCUAACCACUCAGCCACCAUGUCUCCCAUAUCUAUAUAAAUCAGUCAAUAUUUUCUGUAUUUUUUCCAAUAUUUCAAUACAUUACAAAAUGUUAUAGCUGUUUACUGCUUGUUUACUACA